AUGAGCCACUUAGUUUCUUGGUCGUACCAGUGGAAGGCUUGCAAACAUUUCUGAAAAAAAAAAAAAGCACUGGCUGGCUUAUUCAUCUCUAUAUGGUCAAUUGCUGUUUCUUCCGGACCAAAGGAGCAGAUUGGUUAGUGAAGAAUGCUGUCAGAAGGGUAUCUCAGUGGACUUGCCUACCAGAAUGACAUCCACUGGAGCUGUUCAUCUUAUAAUGAGCAGGUGGCUGAGAAGGAAGAAGAGACAACAUCUGCGACUCAUUCCUACUGUUCUGUGGAUGAAACCCAAGUCCGAAGUCUGUAUGUGAGCUGCAAAUCCUCGGACAAAUUUAUUUCUUCAGUGCAUUCAAGAGAGAGCCAACACAGUAGAGAUCAGAGAACCAUAAUGCUGCAGACAAACCCCAAUCCCGUGUUUGAAAGUCCCACCUUGGCUGCAGUUGAAAUAUGUAGAGACUCCAGUCGAGAGACCUACUUGGUUCCACCUUCCUGCAAAAGUAUUUGCAAGAAUUAUAAUGACUUACAUAUUGCAGGGGACCAGGUGAUGGCUAUUAACUCAGUGACAACAGAUUUUCCCCCAGAGAGCAGUUUUGAAUAUGGCCCUUUGCUGAAAUCAUCUGAGAUUCCUUUGCCCAUGGAGGAUUCCAUUUCCCCUCAGCCCAGCUACUUUCCCCAAAAACCUAUCCAGCAGUAUUCGUCCUACUGGAGAAUAACCAGCAUCAAAGAGAAGAGCAGCCUGCAAAUGCAGAAGCCUAUUUCUAAUGCAGUCCUGAAUGAAUACCUGGAGCAGAAGGUGGAAGAGUUAUAUAAGCAGUACAUUAUGGACACCGAAUUUCAUGACAGUUCUCCCACCCAGAUUUUGGCAUCGGAACUCAUCAUGACAAAUGUGGAUCAAAUUAGUCUCCAAGUGUCUAGAGAGAAGAAUCUGGAGACGUCCAAAGCCAAAGAUAUAGUCAUUAACUGUCUAUUACAGUUGGUAUCCAGUGAAAUCAGCACACCUAGUCUCCAUAUUUCUCAGUACAGCAACGUCAAUCCUUAGGGAGGAUACCUCUCUCUCAACUACUCCACACUAAAGCUACACUUUCUUCACUGAGAAAUGUGCCGGAGGUGGGUGUGAAGCAGAGUCCGGAGCUGGAGAGGUAAAGUUUGGAUGGAGGACAGGUAUGAAUGAAGAGGAAAUUGUACUAUUACACAUGAUGAAGGCAUGUGGAAAAAGGAGCUAUAAGGACUAAUUUCAAAGCAAAGGUUGUACAACAACAAAACAAAAAAUGAAAAUGAGCCAAAAAGAAAAAGUAGGAUUCAUUUAAAAGAGUACACAAGUUUAAAAAGAAGCCAAGCCAAGCAAGAACCCACACCAUGGGAAAAUAAAAAGCCAAAAGGUUUAAGCGUAAUGAGUCACUGUUUGUGAAGCAAAUAAAUUCUUCCAAGUUGCUUCUUCUUGAGAAGAAUGGACUGUAUGUAGAAGGGUGCUGUUUGGGUAGAAAGACCAGUUUAAACAGUUUUGAAAUUAU